GCCCGGGACUGCUCUUUGUGUUGGAUGCGGACUCGCGCCCCGAGCCGACGGGGGGCGGACUAGCGCUGCUGCGCCCCGCGCGGCCAUGCCCUUCCACCAGAGGACCGUGGAGCCCGCGCGGCCGCGCCGGCCCGAGGCGGCGGGCGCGCCGCUCUUCCGCUCGCUGGAGCAGGUCAGCUCGCACGCCCUGGUCUGCCUGCUGGCGCAGCUGGCCGACCUGUCGCGCUGCGCCGGGGACAUCUUCGGCGAGCUCGAGGACCAGGCGGCCUCGCUGGGCCGGCGCACCGCCGCGCUGCACCGCCGCCUCGACGCCCUGCACGCCGCCGCCGCGCGCCUGGACCACCGCCGAGUGAAAAUCCCCGUUUCCAACCUAGAUGAGGAGAGUCGCUGGACAGUGCACUACACUGCCCCAUGGCACCAGCAGGAAAAUGUCUUCCUUCCCACCACUAGACCCCCAUGUGUCGAGGACCUGCACCGCCAAGCCAAGCUCAACCUCAAAUCAGUAUUGAGGGAAUGUGAUAAACUGAGGCGCGAUGGUUACCGAAGUUCUCAGUACUACUCUCAGGGACCCACCUUUGCAGCCAACUCCAGCCCGGGCGGCGAGGAUGACCAGGAUGACGAUGCUGAAACAGAUCACAAGUGUUCUCUGUCUUCAUCAGAAGAAGACAGACUCAUUUCCAUCCGGAGACCUAAAACACCAACCUCAGGGGACUUCUGUGACCUGCACACUCAGACCAACUGGACCAGGUCACUUCCACUGCCCACCCCAGAAGAGAAGAUGCGGCAGCAGGCACAGACCGUCCAGGCUGAUGUGGUUCCUAUUAACAUAACCGCGUCCGGCACCAGCCAGGAGGACAUCGGUGGCCACUCUGUGUCCACCCCUGAGCACUACUCUACACUAGGAAGGCUUGAUGGCUACCACCUUACUGGGCAGCGCUCGGAAACCCGGGACUCCAGCAGCCAGACCGAGGACAUGAAGGUGGUGCCACCUUCCGUGAGAAGAAUCAGGGCAUAUAAGGGGCAAGGCAUCGCUGCCCAGAUGAGCCACCUCCCAGGCUCUUCCGGGAACAUGUCAGUGCUGAGCGACUCAGCGGGGGUCGUACUCCCCUCUCGCCUGGAUGGCGAUGCCGGCUUCCGUAGUCUCCCACGCUCUGGGGCCAGGACACGCGUUCAGUCCCUUGAGUCACGGCUGGGUGCCCUGGGCCCUGCAGAAGAGGUGGCCGGCACUCUCCCCUACCACAGGGGUAACUUACAAGUCGAUGAAAACGUGGCUCCUCCAGGAGGUGUCUCGAGGACUGGAAUGCUUCUGAGACCCCGAUCCCAGGAGCUGAGGCCCUUGGAGAGUGAAAACCUCACCAGCCCGGCAUGUGUGGUCUCUCCCCAUGCCAGCUACUCCACCAGCAUCAUCCCCAACGCCACGCUGUCCUCCUCCUCGGAGGUCAUCGCCAUCCACAGUGCUCAGAGUGCAGGGCAGCUGGACAGUAGAAUUACCAGCUCGUUGUCAUACCCGAAGGUCACACCCAGAGACAACCUCGCCGCCAGGCGUGCUGCGAAGGAUGGCCAUCAGCCUCCCAGUGGUCACUGGAGUGGCGGCCCCACCAUCAUCCUUUCACAGGCCUUAGACCCUCGGGGCCCAGGGCUGUCCCUCUGUGAUUCAGCAAAUAGGGAGAACGGGGCCCACGUGGUGCCCUAUCACUGUAGGAACAAUCUGAGCUUCCCAGGCCACGCCCAGGAGGUGGAUGCCAAGAGCGAAUCCAGUUCUUCAGGGGGCAGAGGGCACGGCUCAUCCGAGCCCUGGGAAUCCCAAGCCUCGGGUCCUGGCCGUGCAUCCCCGCUGAAGCCAUAUCCAGCCACUCCGGGUUACUCCACUCCCACAAGUAACAUGAGCAGCGGCAGUUUGGACAACAAGGAAGACGGCGGCUCCGUGUAUUCGGAGGACCACGAGGGCUCCUCCCCGUCGCUGCUGCGCACGGACUCUGCGCGUGGGUCUGGCCACCUGGGCAGUAGCGCUGAAGGUUUUGGGAACCCCAGGCACAGCGUGGUCAAUGUCUUCGAUGGCAGAGCUCAGAAAAGCCAGGGGGACCGGCCCCAUGAUCACGAUAAAUGCCUUUCGAGAAACAUCUCUCUGAAGAAAGCCAAGAAGCCUCCCCUGCCACCAUCCCGGACAGACUCCCUCCGCAGGGGCCCCAAGAAGAGCGGCCAGGCCAAUGGGCAGGUGCUCAGUGAGAGCCUGAUCGCCACGCUCCAGCACUCGCUGCAGCUGAGCCUGCCGGGCAGGGGCGGCAGCUCGCCCUCGCAGAGCCCCUGCAGCGACCUGGAGGAGCCCUGGCUGCCGCGCUCGCGGAGCCAGAGCACGGUCAGCGCUGGCAGCAGCCUGGCCUCUGCCACCACCGCCAACGUGCACUCCCCGUGUGGGGCCACGCCGUCACAGAGCGACACGAGCAGCGUCAAGUCCGAGUACACCGACCCCUGGGGCUACUACAUCGACUACACCAGCAUGAGCGAACACCCGGGGAACCCAGGGGUGCCCACGGCCAACGGGCCAGUGCGCCUGGUCCCUGAGGGGGCCAGGGCCGCGGUGCCCCCCAUGUCCAGUGCCUCCACCAAGCCAAAGAUCCCGUCGCCGGAGAAGUCCCACCGAGUCACCUCCCCGUCCAGUGGGUACUCCAGCCAGUCCAACACACCCACCGCGCUCACCCCGGUGCCCGUGUUCCUCAAGUCAGCAUCGCCCGCCAACGGCAAGGGCAAGGCCAAGCCCAAGGUGCCGGAGAGGAAGUCCUCUCUGAUCUCGUCCGUGUCCGUCUCCUCCUCGUCCACCUCGCUCUCCUCCAACGCCUCCACUGAAGGCAGCGGCACCGUGAAGCGGCUGGAGCCGGCCCCGGCCUCGCCGCCUGCUCCCCCUGCCGCCUGCCCUCCGGGCUCCCCUCUGCCUCGCUCUCCGGUGUUCCCCCCUCCGCCACCAGAAGCCCUGGCGCCCUUCUGCUCCCCGACCUCCGACGCGGGCUUUCCGCCUCCCCCACCGCUCAGCCCUCUGCUCCCAGAGGCAGCGGCUUCUCUGCCGGCGCCGCCUCCUCUCCUGCCACCCUCGGAGCCCCCGCCUGCCCCACCGCUGGACCCCAUAUUCCUGAAGGACCCCAGGCCCUCACUGAGGAGCUCCAGCCAGCCCGAGCCCCUCCGGGACACCUUGAGGUCGCCUCCCAACAAGGAGGAGAGCAGCAGGCCCUCCCUGCCGCUCAUCACCACCGAGGUGCUGCAGAUGGUACAGUUGAGGCCGGUGAGGAAGAGCCCGGACGCCAAGGCGGCAUCGGUGCCCGAGCGCGCGGCUCAGGAACAAGGAACCCCAGCCGCUCCGCAGUACCACUUAAAGCCAUCUGCCGUUCUGAAAGCCCGAAAUAGCAUAAAUGAAAUGGAGAGCGAAAGCCAGCCUGCCUCCCUGAGGAGCUCGCUUCCGACGCCUGCCAAGAGCUCCAGUCAGGGUGACCAUGACCGAGCAGCAGAGUGGGGCGGCCCUCCGAGUCGCAGCCAUGGAGCUCCGUGCCCGGCAGCCGGCGAGGCAGAGUCUCAGCCUGGCCCCAGGACCGCCCCCCUCGCAGACUCUUCUCCCAGCAGGAAGCCACCCCCCAUUUCCAAGAAGCCCAAACUGUUCCUGGUGGUGCCACCUCCGCAGAGAGAUUGCGCCGCGGAGCCUGUGGAGAACGUGAGCGCUGCCUUCCGAGCCGCCCCCAGCCCCAGCAGGACUGAGGAGGGCUCCGUGCACAGCCAAGGGGCCCCUGCCAGCUCUCAUGAGCCAGACCCCAGCAGCUCGAUUCUGGAGGCAGGCGCUGCAGGACCCGAGCCCCCCGUCACAGUGGAAGCCGAUGUCCCCAUGGUACAGCCCGAGUCCUUGCCAACCCCCAAGCAGGACGAGCCAGCCGAGAGUAGUGCGGAUGAUGGGGGCAACGUGGAGAGCAGCCUGUCUCACCAGAGCACAGAAGCUGAGUUGCUGGAGCCCGACUCAGGCGGGGCUGCCUCCGAGUCCGGUGAGCCCGCUAAGGAAGACGGCAGUGAUGAGGUGAUGGCCCCCAGCCGGCCCAGGACCACCGAGGACCUUUUUGCAGCUAUUCACAGAUCCAAAAGGAAAGUCCUUGGCCGCAAAGAUUCCGACGAGGAUCACUCCCGAAACCACUCUCCCUCCCCGCCCGUCACGCCCACCGGCUCCGCCCCAAGCCUGGCCUCCCCCAAGCAGGUGGGGUCCAUUCAGAGAAGCGUGCGGAAGAGCAGCACCAGCAGCGACAACUUCAAAGCUCUCCUCCUGAAGAAGGGCAGCCGCUCCGACACGGGCGCGCGCAUGUCCGCGGCGGAGAUGCUCAAGAACACUGACCCCAGGUUCCAGAGGUCCAGGUCGGAGCCUUCGCCUGACACCCCCGAGAGCCCGUCCAGCUGCUCCCCGAGCAAGAACAGAAAGGCCCAGGAGGAGUGGGCCAGGAGCGAAGGCCUCAUGCCGCGGAGCCUGUCCUUCUCGGGCCCCAGGUAUGGCCGCAGCCGAGCGCCGCCCUCGGCAGCCAGCAGCAGGUACAGCGUGCGCAAUCGCAUCCAGAGCAGCCCCAUGACGGUCAUCUCAGAGGGAGAGGGGGAAGGCGUGGAGCCCACGGACCACAGAGCUCGCCACGGCCUGGCCGCUGCGAAGGGACGUUCUCUGGACGGACUGGCAGGGGAUGCGAUGGACCAGGAGGGGGUUCUGUUGCGAGGCGUGGAGCCUGCAGAUGGGACGGCAGGUGCAGAGGACGGCGGUCCAUCAGAACAGCAUGGAGGUGCCCGGGAGGAGGAGGGUUAGGGAGAACCCCCCGGGGAACGGGGAGCUGGGCAGUCAAUGCAUAGCUCUGGGAGGCCCACGGGCCCUUUCCUGCCUUGCCCAGGAUCGGAUCACACUCAGUGUGUCUGUGUUGUGGGCCCCAGUGCACAGGCCUGCACCUAAAGAGGGGGUCAUUUCAGACUCACCUGCCACUUGCCCUGUGGCUUCAAAGCAAGUAGAAGCUUCAACUUCGGAAAGUGCUUCCUGGGGAAGAUUUUUUUUUUUUUUUUUUGUAUUCUUAUUUGCUAAAUGCUGGGGGUAUAUGUGGGGCAUGUGUGUGCAUUUUGAACACUUUUCUAUUUUUAAGAAACACACACAUAGCAUUAGGGAAGUAGGAGCCAGAACGGCAGAGGUAAACCAGGUAGAGGAAGGGAGUCUACAGGUGGAUGGAAAUGAGGGAGCUCCCAGAGCUGGGAAAAGUCCAGGGCUGCAAAGAAGGGGGUGCUGGGUUGGCCAGUUCUGAAGGCGCAGACCACAUGGACAUUGGUGGAGUGCACUGCGGCCACGAGGCUGGGCAUGGGGGACGCAAAGAAGCUGCAACAGGGCUUCUAUGAUGCUUUGGUUCAGGUACUUUUUUCUGGGAGGGGGGGAAGGUUUUUGUUUCUUUUUUUGUAAAAAUGAUCAACUUGGAAGUGGCAACACCAUAGAACUUGGUGCCCGCUGCUGUGCAGCCACAGAUGCUCCAAUUGGAGCCAGACUUUUAGAAGCGUGGGUAAUUUUUAGAUGCAUUUCCCCCCUGGAGUAGCAGCCAAGACCUUCUUUGAGAAUUGAACUGAUGGUGUAGACACUGACAGUGUAGACAAGACAGGGGGAGGGGGGAGAAGUGCAGGAAGGGGUGGGGCGACGUGAUACACUGCUGGGAUUUGUUUCCUGCUUAUUGAAUAAAAUUAUUUUUCAGAAUUAAAUUUGAAAACUUGCACUAUAGAACUGAACUGUGGGUGGAGCUUUUCUUUUACAACAGUUUUUUACUCGAGUUUUAACUCCAUUUGGCAAUUUCUUAUCACUUGAAAUAUCAACAUUUGCUAACUUGUGGAUAUCCUUUUGGUUACACCAAAGAAAAAAGAUGGCUAUUUUUUCCUUAAGCUGCCUGCAGUUUUCAUGACCUAACUUGGAAAGGUUUAUCAAAAAUCUAUUAUAUAUUAUCACACUUUGAAGAAAAUACUGAAUAGCUCUUGUUAGUCAAAUAAACUGAUAAAAACUGGUAGGGCUUGGCUAUCAAUUGGCCCUAGGAAAUGAGUUGUUAGAUUAAAAAGUGUUUUUUUUCUUUUUGCAUCCUUUGGUUUGUGUGUUUUUGUAUUUGUGCAUAAUUGAGUUGCUAAUCACCUUCUAAUCUUCUCCAAGCCAAGUUUCAACACUUUCAGGCACAGGAGAGAAGUGUGUACUGUAUUUAUUUUAAUGUAAUGUUCUUGUGACCCUCACCCUCACUCCCGCCCAGCUUCUGUGUACCUGGACUCCUUUAUUUGUGACUUAAAUAAAGCAGAGUCUUGUCCUGUUCAUUAGGACUUUGGAUGACAAUGCUGAGAUUCUUGGUCUAAAUCCAGUGCAGCUACCAGUUGAUCUCUUUGUCUCUCUUCCUCUCUCUCUCUCUUUCUCUUUCUCUCUCUCUCUCUCCUAUAAAACUAUCAUCUGAAAGUUGGGCUGCACAAACUGCUUAUGAAAUACAACUUCAGGUGUCCAUUUAUGAUGUGUCUUUGAGGCAAAACAAAACUAAAGAAUCAAGACUUUCUGAAGAACACAAUACACUCACACAGUCAGAAACCAAGAGCUGACAAUUGGCCAAAGGCAGAAGGGCUCCCUGUCACUUGGAGCCACUGUCUGCUUCCACCUUGGUGCCAGAAUCAUUUCUUCCACAUUUUAGGAGUGACAUUGGCUUUGGAGUAGCAGAUCGUCUUCUCACUAUCUAAAAGCAGAUUAGAAUGUACGUGGAUAUCAGAAACCUUUGCCUGAAUGUCUAAGUUGUUUAUUCGAAGGUAAGACAAGCAACAUUCAGACUAAUUAUAAGACUAUGAAAGCUCCCCAUUUUA